AUGCAGACAGCUCGACAAGACUAUAUCAGUCGCUUACAAGAAGAAGAGAUUUCCUGUCAGACAUACGAGUCCGCCAAACGACAAAGAGAAAUGGAAGAAGCCAAACAAGAAGUCCACCAAUACUUGUAUGCUGGUGAUACUACUCCUGGUGGGCACGCCGAAGAAUCAAAAGCGGAGGAAGAAACUGACACAGAGCCAGUCUUUCGCGUAAUGCAAGGCUUCGAUGGAACAUUUUACAAAGUCGAAGUGGGGGAAAAUAGUCUUCGUCAACGCAAACCUCGACGAAGGAGCAGUCAAACCCCAUCCCGACCAACACGAAAAUCAGAAGAUACUUACCAACUGAUACGUGGUCAUGAUGGAAACAUUUACCGAGUCAAGCUUCGACAACAACCAAAGAAGAAGGAAAUGAGACCAAGACUGGCCAGAUCAAUACCGACUCGUGAAGGCAUUAAACAUCGCACCAGAGCCUCCUCGUUAUCAUCAUCCUUUGAAGAGUCAUCCUCACCAAUCGCUGACGAGGAUGUCUUUGUCAAUGAUAAUUCCAAUUCGCAAAUCAAUAUCGAACCACCGAGAUAG